CUUUGAUGUCUUUCUACCACAGAAUAGAACAAGAAGGAAAUGGACUGAGGUGCACAGGGGGAGGGAGGGCAGCAACAAACUGAAGAGUUAACUGGCCAGAGUUGCUGUUGCUGCUGCCUGGGUUGCAACCAGGGAACUGUUUAUGAUUGUUGAACCUAUGUGGUGGACCAGGAGACCAGGAACUGCUGUGGAGAACUGGCAGAAGAAGAAAAAACUCAUUUUGAAAGGAGAACCAGAGGGAGAGAAGAGGAAACGAGAGCAGACCAAGGACCAGGGAGUCAAUGAGGUACCAGGAAAUACAGUGGAGUGGAACCAACCAAGGUUUGGACUAGUCCACGAGCAGAGAAACAUUUAAAACACUGACCUCACAGGUGUCCAACCAUCCAUCCAACUAUCCAUCCAACUAAGCUCUAUGUCAGUUCUGAUGUUUUUAAAUGUAGGCACUGGGUUCCAGUCCAGACCUCCAUCAACUGCUAAGUUCUGGUGAACUUUACAUUCUAGAAGCUGCUUUCAACAGACAGGUAUACACAGAGGAAUCGUAACAGUCCUGUUCUAGGUCAGAGGUUUCUUCCCAUCGUUCAGUCUGACUCAACUGUUCUGGGCCCUUUUCUUGUUCGUUUCUCACUCAAACACUUGGUUACACCACCCAACACAAAAAGGAUGGACCUUGUGACAGAACUCGAGUUCAACAUUAAUGCCAUACGCCGGAGUGAAGAACCAGACCAUCUCCAGGCCUUUCUGGACGUGUUUUUGUCAGACACAUCUGCCAUUCCUUCACCUCCAUCUCUCCACUCUGAAGAACCACCCAAAUCACACAGUUACCUCCUCCCCCCACCCCAACUUCCUCUACCUUUCUUCUCAGAAGAGCCCCAGGUUGACCAGGACUAUGUCCCAACAGGUCCAGUGUCCUGCACCACAUUCGACAACAUGGUUCCAGUGGGAACCGUGAAUGGAGAGGUGGUGUACAGUUUUCCUGUCUACAACCCUCUCUUCACGACUGGUCCCUCACCACAACCACCUCCUUCUCUUCCUCCUCCUAAUGUUCUUACUGACCAGUGGUUUGACCCCCACCUUCACCCCUCAAAUUUUCAAUCCACUGUCCCACCCGAACCCUGUCUAGAUCCUGUAACUCCACCCUCCAACUCCAUUGUCAAAGUUGAGCCCUGGAGUUAUGGCCACCCUUCACCACCUCUGCCCGCUGUUCCAGAUAAACCAACAGUUGAAGACCACCAAAGUCUGCCGUCGGUGUCCAUGGUUGGCCCCACACUGGCCAACAUGGUUCCAGUGGGAACAGUGAAUGGAGAAGUGGUCUAUAGCCUUCCCGCUGAGGCCUUCACCACCAUCUUUGCCACAGUUCCUCCUCCUCCUCCUCCUCCUCCUCCUCUACCAACCAACCCUGUCAAAAAGAGACGUCACCGGCAGCAGGACGACGGGCGUCCCUACAUCAAGAAGCCUCCCAACGCCUUCAUGCUCUACAUGAAGGAGCAGAGGCCCAACGUGGUGACUGAGCUGAAGAUCACUGACAACGCUGUGGUCAACACGGAGCUGGGACAACGCUGGAGAAUGUUGUUGCAACCACAAAAAGACAAAUACUUCCACGAGGCCGACAGAUUGAGGCGUCUGCACGAGCAGCAGUUCCCUGAUUGGUCCACCAGGGACAACUAUGGGAAGAAGAGGAAGAGGAUCAGGAGGAAGAAUCCUGUGAUCUUACAGGAAGAGGGACAGAGUCAAGAUCUGGACUGUCUCUCCUGUAUCAGCUGCUUUGAGAAGACGUCUCCUUAGUGAAGUCAGAAACAUCUUUCUUUUAUUUUCCUCUGAUUUCUUGAAUGCAGCUAAGAUCUUUAGCGUGAAGAUCCACUCCCACUUCACCUCCUGGAACUGAUCAGUGUUUCUGGAGUUGUGUGUGAGAGACUGUACCCCACCACCCCACAUCCCCAAGGAUGAUCCUGAAUGAGCUCACUAAGACAAUCAUGUAACCAAAGCCUUUAUGGAUCACCUGUUCAAAGUCUCCUCGUAGAAGGUCGGCGCCUCACUGUGGAGAUGACACAAGCGUUCGUGCUUCUAGAUUCUAAAGAGAGACAUUUGUAACUGAUCAUGUGUGUGAAACUAGACCAAUGAAACUAUUUCUGUUUCCACAUCACUUUAAUUAUUUAAUAAUUUGUCAUGUUCAGUUGCAAAAUAAAAAUACUAGUAACUAUCA